ACGAUUCCGAGCCGCCCAGUGUUUGAUAGGCCCAGAAAGAGUCCGUCGCGUCGAAGAGGCGAGUGCCGAAAUCGAGCGUGACUUGAUGUUGAUCGGAGUUAGCGGUGUCGAGGACAAACUCCAACCAGGUGUGAAGCGGUGUCUCCGAAGUCUGAUAUCAGCAGGUAUCCAGGUGUGGGUUCUGACUGGGGACAAAGAGGAGACUGCUGUCCAGAUCAGUCAGGCUACGGGGCAUUUUCCACCAGGCACGACUCUCGUGCGCCUCACAAACGGUCAGAGCAUUGAAGAUGUCGGACGAGCAAUCUACGUGCAACAGGAGGGCAUGAACGCUCGGUUAGAGGUGAAGAGAACAAGGUUCAGGUUGAGAAACCCCUUCAAGAGGAGAAUUGAAGAGGAUAGUGAUUCGUCGUCGGAUUUCGAUUCUCCAAUCGAUAUCUCAACAAUAGAAGUACAGUCAAAGAGCAGCAACGAGAUCAUGCAACGGGCCGUUGUUGGCUUUCGAAGUGCCGUAGCAGACGGACUGAGGCGUCACAGAAGAAAGAACCCUGGUGGCGCCAAUGAACCUGUUGGCUUGGUAAUCGAUGGAAGAACUCUGCGCUACGCGAUUUCGCCCGUUCUUCGUGAGCAGUUUCUCCGCCUCUGCAUGAAUGUGACGACGGUGCUGUGCUGUCGCAUGACGCCCCUCCAGAAAGCAGCGGUGGUGCGUCUUGUGAAUCGUGGCCUGGAUGGUGUCGGUGGCGGUGGACCCCCCGUGACUGCCGCUGUUGGUGACGGCGGAAACGACGUUGCAAUGCUGCAGGAAGCCAGUGUGGGCAUCGGUAUUUUCGGUAAUGAAGGGCGACAGGCUGUGCGCGCUUCAGACUACGCAGUUCCACUUUUCAAGUAG